GAUAUUUCAACUAGAACUGGUAAUCUUCCUCCACCACGUCCUGUUACUGUUACAUUAGAAAUUGUGUCAUAUAUUGGUGUGUGUCUCUCACUAUUAGGACUAGUACUAACAAUACUAACAUUACUGAUAUUCAAGUCAUUAAGACAGAGAGAUGCUAGCAAGUUUCACAUUCAACUCUGUCUCUCAUUGAUUUUCAUGUUAAUAGUAUUUGUUGCUGGUAUUGAUAGAGUAUCAGUGAGAGCUGGUUGUAUAACAGUUGGUGUUCUCAUUCAUUACUUUGCUCUUGUAUCAUGGAUGUGGAUGGGAGCUGAGGCUGUACUAAUGUUCCAGAAACUAGUCAUUGUAUUCACAAAUUUAACAUGGAAAUAUUUUCUGAUUGUCUCUAUAAUAUGCUGGGGCCUUCCAUUGCCGCCUGUUGCAAUAGUGCUAUCAGUAGAUGUGGAUCAUUAUAUUACAUUUUAUGAACACACUGAAGAAGGAUUUUGCUUUCUGGGACAAUUAAACAUAUUCCUAACAGCUUUUUUUGUUCCUGUUAUGAUCAUCCUUAUACUUAAUUCCAUCAUUUACAUACUUGUUCUUUGUCUUCUUAUUUUACAUACUCUGAAGAAAAACAAACGGCUACAAAAAUCAACAAUGAAACUAUCACAAGCAAUCAAAAUGUUACUCUCUUUCACUGGAAUAAUGCUCCUCUUUGGUUUGACAUGGAUAUUUGCUGUGUUCACAUUUAUCUCUGAGCCUGGAGUCUCUUAUACUGUGCAGUUCUUCUUUGCUUUCUUCAAUGCUUUUCAAGGGUUCUUCAUUUUUGUGUUUUUCAUCGUGUUAAGCAGCGAUUCAAGAGCAGCAUGGAAAUCCCUUUUGUAUCGAUGCAUGAUGAACAAUGAGCAACAAACAUCAAAAUAUAACCUGUCUUCUUUGAAUAGCAAAAAGAAGAGGUUUCCUAACUCUAAUACUCAUUCUUCAUCAGAGACUGGUAAUGAAAGGUUUCUUCCUUCUCUGUCUAAAGAAGACAAUGUGUCAGCUAGUCUUGCUAGUCAAGAGAAAAAGAGUGAUGAUUUGGAUUUGGUACAACUCAAAGGAACUCACGAAAAAUCUGAUUCGACUUCUACACAUGAAUGCUCCUCACUUUGA